ACAAUGACAUGUUUAUGAUGACCAAACUUCAGGAUAAAGUUUAAAAUUGUUUAGUUUGGCUUUUUUUGUUAGUGUGCGUAUUUUUAUUGAGGGUUUAUUGACUGAAGCAGCUGAUUUUAUGAACACAAUUUGCAUCUAUUCACGAAAAGAUUGAACUAUGUACAAAAUAUAGUUUUUCUAAAAAGUGAAUCGUUCUAAAAAUGAUAACGAGUUUUAAAUAAAGAAACCAUGGACCAGAAUUCAGCGAAAACACCUAGUCUACCAAACAAUGGUACGGAAGGGAUUGAUUUCGACCUGGAACAGCCGCUGUGGUGUUUGGAGGAGCUUCAGAAAGCGGCUAUUGAGCAUCGACUCCUGCGUCCACGGAGCCUGGCCUGGGCUAUUAUGCUGAACGCUUUGCCACCUCCGAAUGCGGACAUCGUUUCUCGCCUAAAGUGCCAUAGGAACUUCUACGAUGACUUGAAAGUGAAAUUAUCGAUGGAUCCGAGAGCCGUGAUUGGGGAUGACCCACUCUCUCAGAAUGAUAAGAGCGCUUGGCGACAGCACUUUUGCGACAACGAACUCAAAACUGUGAUACUCCAAGACGUCGUGAGGACGUUUCCUGAUGAGCUUUACUUUAGGGAGAAAGACGUUCAGGAUCUGAUGGUCCGAGUCCUCUUCUAUUGGGCGCGUUCGCACUCGCACGUGGGCUACAGACAGGGCAUGCACGAGAUACUGGCUCCGCUACUCUUCGAGCUGUAUUUGGAUAGGAAGUUCGCGCCCCGGGCCAUCAGUGACAAAUUAAAAAUUAUACUCGACGAAGAUUAUUUGGAGCACGACAGCUACAUGCUGUUCAACACCGUGAUGCAGGGACUGGAGAGGUUUUACGUGACGGGCGACGUCGUGCCCUCGCCCUCCGGUAGGAUGCCCUCUUCCAGGAUGAUCCACAAUCCAAACGAAGUGGUGAGAUACCUGGAGAAGGUCAAGGAGGACUACUUGUUCCCGCUGGACCCCGAGCUCGCCACGCACCUGACCAACUUCAACAUUUCCUUGGAGCUCUUCGGAAUCCGCUGGCUCCGGCUGCUGUUCGGGCGCGAGUUCCCGCGCGCGCAGCUGGCGCCGCUGUGGGGCUUCCUGUUCGCGCAGGGGCCGGCGCUGCCGCGGCUGCACUACGUGGUGGUGGCCGCGCUGCUCGCCGCGCGCGCCUCCCUGCUGGACAACGACCCGGGUGCGGUGCUGUCCGCCCUCAUGCGGCCCUCGCACGCCAGCGCGGCGCACGUGUGCGCGCUCGCGCUGCAUCUGUGGCGCCCCUUGGAGCACCCGCGCCCGCCGCCCCCGCCGCCGCCGCGCGCCGCAGACAGCCACCCCGCGGAGCCGACGAGGGAGAGGAGAGAGACCUGGAACAUCGAGGUGGUUGGCAGCGAGGCCGUGAGCUCGGGCUCCGAGUCGGAGGGCGUGGCGGAGGGCGGCGACGUAUCGCGCUCCCUGGCCGCGCUGGCCGUGCUGCGCGCGCACCUGCCGCCCGCCGCCGCCGCGCUCGCCGCCGCCCUGCCGCGCCCGCCGCCCGACGCGCUGCCGCACCUGCGCCGCAUCCUGCACCUCGCGGCGCUGCUGCAGUGCAAGAAUCACACCCUGAUCGACGUGGAGACGGCCUUGGAAGCCGCCGAAGGGCAGCAGCCGACCGACAACAUCGGGCGCAAGCAGCUGGUGCCGGUCACCGCCAUCGCUGUCAAGAACAAACCCAACAAACAAAACUUCGGUCCGCUGAACAAAGUCAAGGAGGUGCAACUGAAGGUGUUCCACCAAGUGGAAUGCGACCGAGCCGGCGACCUGCCCUGCCUCGACCCUCUGAGGCUGAGGACCGAAUGACUGAGACGGGAGUUUGCGUUGUACAGUUGCUAGACGCCCUCCGCUGGAGGUCAUACGUAAACACAAACUGUUCUUUGUGAUGUAGGUAAUAAAACUGAUAAUUGUUUUGUGUCACAAUUAGACGAAGGACAAGUCACACACACGGUGAUCAUAUACACAUAUAGAUAUUAAAAACCCAGACAAAGUGCGAACAAUCUAGUUCAUCACAGGAAUGUUUGGCGGAUGUGGGAAUCGAACCCGCGACCCUCGGCCCAACAAUUAUGGUGGCUAACUACUGCAACACCGAAUCAGUCAAUUGUAUCAAGUUGGGUGUUCACGAACUUGUGAAAAAACGUUCAAUUAUGUGAUCUAAAUUAUUAUUUUUAAUAAUAUAAAGUAAGAUAUAAACAUGCUCCUUGGGACAGUUGCAGACCGGUGUCAGAAUGCAUUUGCACAUCACUUCAGUAGUUGGAAAUUUGUAAUGUAUUUGUUUAUUAUAGCAGCGGUCGGGGAACUUUUUUUAUUGAUUACCCCAAAAUAUUUUUGUGUAAGUUGAUAUUACCCCGUGGCGACGAACAAAAAAAAACGAAAUGCUUCUUUUUAGCAUCUUUUAUACUAUAGCCACCAUGAUAAUUUUGAAAAAAAACAAUAACUAAAAAUUUAACGAUUCUAAAAAAGUUUCACUACUUUUUACUCACAAAAGUUUCAUUUUUACCCCCCAAAUUUUCAUUUUACCCCAUUUGGGGUAAUUUACCCCGGUUUCCCGACCGUUGAUUUAUAGUGUUGAAGUAAAAAGAAUAAAUAAAUAUGUAAAUAAUAAAUGAAUAAAGAGAUGAAUGAAAGAAACGAAUAAAUGAUAAAUGAAUAUAAAUAAUACAGAGAAUAAAUUUAUAUGUACCGUUUAUUGGUGAUAGAACUAGUUGUCGCCCUGGGCAGCUACCGCCGUCUUGUGUUUCUUCACUGUGAUUCUGCCGCGAAGUAUUCAUUGGUCCAACAGAAGAGUUAGGACAGAUGUUAUUGACAUACCAAUAUACGUCGUCUCAAGGUAGACGCCGGUGUUCACGCAGUGAUGCCCACGGCCUCCAACAACCGGCUUACCAUUUAAAGCAUACAUAAAAAACGUGAAUUUCGCAUUUUUCUCGGUGGCUUAUUAUUAGAAAUAAGGAUCUAAAUACCUGUCGUUUUUAGUUAUGAAGAAAUACAAAAGAUGAUUUAAGAUUAAAGGAAAAUAAUCGCUCAACUUUAGUUAGUUGUUUUUUUGUGAUAAUUUACGAAAUAUCUAAGUCUUUAUCGAAAUAAGAUAGAAGAUAGUGAUUAAGCUUUAUAUUGUUUUUUGGAUCGAAUUUGAAGGUAUACCUAAGAUUAAUGUUGCCACAAAUAUAUAUUUUUAAAGCCCCUAUAGCCAUGGCCCAUCUAGUAUUUGCUAGAUAGAGAUUUCUUCCACAGUUAACUGUAGGAAAAGUGUCGCUGUAAACAAUGUCAAUCAGAUGAACAGUAGCAGAUAACUAAUGUGAAAGUCAAAUGCGAAUAAUAAAAAUGAGUACUGUUUCAAGUGCAAAAUAAAUAUAAUUAUUAUAAGACAUUUAAAUAGUAUGUACUGUAGUUCCAAAGUAAGCUUACUGUGUACAUAUGUCCAUUAUAGUUGGUUGAAGCAAAAAUAAUAUUUGUUUAUUUAUAUUUGUUUAAUAAAUAUAAUACCAUAUUAAUUGAAUAACUGUAUAUUAUUGUGAUGCUAUAUAAUAGAAGUUGGUAUUUUUUUGAGAAUAAAUCUUUUUGUUACAAGAAUUAAAAAUGUAAAUAUGUUGCAUAUUUAUUUAAUAAAUAAAGCAAAAUUAUGCAUAAUAGUAAAUACUGCAAAAAUGAUUAAAAUAUAUUUUCUUCUUGUGA